AAUACGAAAUUCUAGUGAUUGCGAUACCACUUGCAUUGCUAUAUCAAUUUCAGGCAGGUCAACAUCAAUAGCCUUGCUAACAUACGUAUCAGAUCCUGGACAUGUCAGGCCUGAAGUUAAGUGAACAGGUAGCAUCGUCCAGUGAGCUGCCUACCGAACAGGCUGUCACUUCUUUGAGAGAUGUGAUACUGGGAAACUACCCAAAUGAUGCAGAGUCUGUGAAAGCAAAAGAACAGGCGAUUCAGAAGCUAAGCGACCUGUAUGCAAAGGAGAAAGAUGCAGUAGCCCUGAAAAAUCUGCUGACCGAGCUUAGACCGCUGUUUUCAUCCUUCACGAAGGCCAAAACAGCAAAGAUUGUGAGAACAAUCAUAGAAACUAUAGCCAAAGUGCCAGACUCGACACAGCUUCAGGUGGAGGUCUGCAAGGAGCAAGUGGAGUGGGCAAAGUCAGAGAAGAGGACAUUCCUCAGGCAGAGGAUUGAGGCGAGGUUAGCCAACCUGUACCUGGGAAGCAAGGACUUCUCGUCUGCGCUAGCACUCAUCAGCAGGCUGCUCUCAGAGGUGAAGCGGCUGGAUGACAAGCUGCUGCUGCUGGACAUCCACUUGCUGGAGAGCCGCACGCAUCACGCCCUGCGCAACCUCCCCAAGGCCAAGGCCGCCCUCACCGCCGCCCGCACCGCCGCCAACGCCAUCUACGUGCCUCCAGCCUCCCAGGCGGAGAUUGACCUGCAGUCGGGGACCCUGCAUGCGGAGGAGAAGGACUACAAGACGGCCUACUCCUACUUCUUUGAGGCCUUCGAGGCGCUCAACUCCCUGGACGACCCCAAGGCCACCCUCGCCCUCAAGUACAUGCUGCUCAGCAAGGUGAUGAUGAAGGAUGCGGAUGAGGUGCCCAGCCUGGUGACCUCGAAGGCAGGCCUGAAGCACGCAGGCGCUGACGUGGACGCCAUGCUGGCGGUGGCGGCAGCGUACAAGGAGCGCUCGCUGCAGGGCUUCCAGGCCGCGCUGGCCGCGCAUGAGCCGCAGCUCAUGGGGGACCCCAUCGUGCGCGCACACCUGUCGGCCCUCUACGACACUCUCCUCGAAGGCAACCUGGCGCGCCUGAUCGAGCCGUUCAGCCGCGUGGAAAUCGCGCACCUUGCCGAGCUGAUCGAGCUGCCGCGCGACCUCGUCCUCAACAAACUCUCCCAGAUGAUCCUGGACAAGAAGUUUGCGGGCACGCUGGACCAGGGGGCGGGCUGCCUGGAGGUGUUUGAGAGUGCCGUGCCUGACGCAGUCUACCCGGCGGCACUUGACACCUUCUCCAACAUGAGCCGCGUCGUGGACACUCUCUUCCUGCGCUCCCAAAAGAUCGUCGUCUGACCUGCUUGAGAGUUGAUGUCUCGGCACUAGCAGGAAUUUUACUUAUAUGAUCAAAUGUGAUGUGCUGGGUAUAUCGUCAAUAACGGUCUUUGCUUCAUGUGGUGCGUGUGUGAUUGUUGAUCCCAUGGGCUUGUGAGAAUAUGCAUGACUGACUUGGUGUGAUGCAUUACUUAAUAUAAUCCCCAAGCUGAGUUGCAUUGGGUCGGUGCAACAAAAUGCCCAUAUGGCCUAUAGAGUGUGAAGCAAGCUCCACUUGAUUCUAAACUCUGCUUCUGUAUAUAUACAGAUUCGUACCCACAACUCUCAAUCUGAAACUUCAAAAAUGCAAUUCUGGAACAUGUAGGGCACGCUCUUGCGCCAGCAUGAUCAUGAUGACCAUCUGCAUUGGCAGUGCGAUUUUCAUCACAUGUAUUGGUACAGGGUACUUGGAGGCAUUUGAAUCGCCAAAUCCACACCAAAACCAGCCGCGGCGGACAACGGCAAGGUUUUGCUGAGACAACAAUGUACAGGCCAUGCUGCAAGCCAGCCAGCUGCAGCGCUGAGUAUAGCUCUGAAAUCAGAACUUGGGGACCACGGACAGCGCAGCCCACGUGCCUUGUUGACCCAACGCCAGACCACUUUAACCCCAGGCAGCUCAGGACACCACAAAUUGAAUUAUUGAUUUAUUCAGGGCCACAUGUGAUAAUUGGGAUUAGGAGAAGUUCAAUGGGCGCCAUUGGAGGUGAGCCCCAGGAGCCGCCUGAGCUCUGCCAGGGAUCCGGGCUGGGCAGAUAGCGCUCUUACUAACUGCGACUGCACCCGAGUCAUGACGGCGGGAAACUCCAUGUAGGAGGCCUUCAUCUCCAGCCACUCCCUGUCCAGCACCUCAAACGCCAUGCAGUAGACCGUCUCGAACACCUGGCUGGAGCCGCCAAGUAGAGACAGGAAGCCGCGGCCGGCCGGUGUGCCGGGCAGGCGAUCGUGUACG